GGCUGGACAGAGGAGAGUAAACAGUUUAUCGAGCAGGCGGCAGAUGCACCAUGAAGCAGUCAGCAUCAGAUUCAGAAACUGAUGAUUAUGAGCAGCCUCUGCUCCAUCGAAAACAGGACGAUGACAUAAUAAGAGCUCCAGUGCUCUGCUCUUCACGCUAUGGCCUUGCCAUACUGUCCUGUUAUGGGUUCUUCGUGGCAUAUGCGCUGCGUGUGAAUCUUAGUGUGGCAAUGGUGGACAUGCUAAAUAGCAGCAGCAGCAGCAGCGGUGCCAAUGACUCCGUCUGCCCAAGGCACAGCAGUCCUGCACGCCCCAAACACAACCACACAGCCAGUGUGUAUGACUGGGACUCGGAGACUCAGGGCUGGAUCCUGGGCUCCUUCUUUUAUGGCUACAUAAUCACUCAGAUACCAGGUGGCUACCUGGCACGCAAGUAUGGUGCCAAGUGGCUGCUGGGCUUCGGUAUCCUGGGAACUGUGAUCUUCACUCUGCUCACUCCUGUGGCUGCAGACCUGGGUGCUGGCUACCUCAUUGCAGUCAGGGUGUUGGAGGGCAUAGGGGAGGGAGUGACAUUUCCUGCUAUGCAUGCUAUGUGGGCAUCUUGGGCCCCACCACUGGAGAGAAGUCGACUGCUUACCAUCUCUUACGCAGGUGCCCAGCUUGGCACUGUGGUAGCCCUCCCCUUGUCUGGCCAGAUAUGUUUUUACUUGGACUGGACAUACGUUUUCUACAUUUUUGGAGCUGUUGGUCUUCUGUGGUUUAUCCUGUGGGUUUUUCUUGUCAGCAACAGCCCGAGUUCACACAGGAGAAUAUCUGAGACGGAGAGGACCUACAUAACAGCCUCUUUACAAAAUGAACUUUCUCCAACCUCAGACUACAUACCAUGGACAUCCAUCCUCACAUCUGUGCCAUUAUGGGCCAUAGUUGUUGCCCAUUUCUCUUACAACUGGACAUUUUACACAUUGCUCACUCUCUUGCCCACCUAUAUGAAUGACAUACUGGGCUUCAGCAUUAAACAGAAUGGGAUGCUCUCUGCUCUGCCUUACCUGGGCUGCUGGUUAUUGUCUAUGGGAGGAGGCCAGUUGGCAGACUACCUGAGGGAGACCUGCCUCUUUCGCACUGUGAUUGUACGCAAGGCCUUUACUAUCAUAGGCAUGAUGGGGCCCGCUGUGUUCCUGGUAGCAGCAGGUUACACUAACUGUAAUUACAUCAUGGCUAUUAUUUUCCUCACCGUCUCUUCAUCUCUGGGUGGCUUUUCAGCAUCUGGCUUCAACAUCAACCAUCUAGACAUUGCGCCAUCAUAUGCUGGAAUUUUACUUGGAAUCACAAACUCCUUUGCAACUAUACCAGGCAUGGUGGGUCCUGUAAUCGCAAGAUCACUGACCAAAUCUAACACCAUUUUAGAGUGGAGAACAGUUUUCUUCAUCUCAGCUGGGAUAAAUCUGUUUGGAGCUCUCUUUUACACACUGUUUGGUAAAGGUACAGUGCAGCCCUGGGCAGUCCACAGAGUGCAUAUACAGUGAAAAAGACUUUUUUUUAGAUACUAAAUGGAAAUAUGUUUGACUUCAGUGGACGUAAUUCAGAUGAUUCUAUUUGAAAUCUUCAGCACAACUGAUUGAAUGCACCACCAGUUUAAUGACAGACUGGCUAAUUUAUGUCUUGGAAUUUUUUUGUUCAGUUCAUUUGACUGUUCAGCAAAUCUGGUUGAGGUAAAAUGAUGCUCUUAUAAGUCAUGUCUAUUAUUUCACAUGCAAGUAGCCACAAUGAUAACCAACUAACAUGUUUAUCCAUGUUACCACCUCUGAUUACAUAUUCACAGAGUACAUUCAAAUGCUUUCUUCAUUUGCACUUACAAUUAAAAAGUGCUGUAGUAAAGUAACAAUUUACGUGUAAAUGACUAUAAUAGUUGCUUCCACUGUAAUAACACUCCACAGUCCUUUUAUCAUCUUUUUGAUCAUUUACUGACACAUCAUAUUUCUAUUUAGAAUUAUUAAGUGCCAGCUAUAAGCAUUGUGAAGAUGGUGGGAAUGUGGUCCAUUAGCACGCCUUCAUUCCUUUGACUUCAAUAUGUAUAUAGCCAGUUCUGUUAGGAUAAUGAAUUCUUAAUGCUACAGACUGUAAUCUUUUGAAGCAUCUUGGGAAUCAAUUUGAAUGAGUUCUCCUCUUCUUUGUUUUUAAGAGUACAACAUAGCAAAGGUGUUUAAUGAGAAGCCUUCAUAUGUCUCUCUGUAAGCUGUGAUGGAUUAAGGGCCUUAUUGUUUUCUUCCAAUUGUGCCUUAUUUUCAUCAUAAAUCUCGGUUCAUUAGUCCCAACAUUUCAUAUGGUCAGACUUGCACAGUAGAAACAGUUAGUACAUUAUAAAACAGCCGCACAUGCUUUCUGAGAUUUUUCUGUUGUUUCACAUUGAUUGUUUACAUUGAUACUUGAUUAUUUGAUGCCAUAAAUGGGAACUGGAGUAUUUUGUUUGCUUGUUUUUUUGUUUGUUUGUUUUUUUUUGUACUUAAAAUAUGAAUUCAGAUUUCUCAGGAAUCAAUUCUAAGCGUAAGAAUGAAUUAUGACAGCGUAAUCCUUCAAGAAAAAUAAACAAUUCCUCCCAGUGUAGGCAAAGAUGUUUUGAUGCAGUGUGUAUACAAGCCAUCUGUCAGAAUUGAGGAGUGGAUCUUCUUGCAUUCUUGCAUCUGUUUAAAGGAAAUAAAAGACAUUUAUUGAUGA